AUGCCCCGCGCCGUUAGAGGAGUCCUCAUCGAAUGCGAUCCUUCCGUGAAAGCCAUCAUCCUGAAGUACGACGAAGAGAGACACGACUACAUCGUGGAGGACCUGGACGAUGACCGCCACCUGGUCAUCAAGGAAAGCCAGCUGGCGAAUCUCAAGGCAAAAUUGACGAGGGAGCUCGACGAGAAGGUUAUGCAGCCGGACGAGUCGGAGUCGGAGUAA